AUGUCUAACAAUCCAAAGUUCUCUGCUUACCCUGGAUUUGGAGACCACGCAUUUAAGCUGUAUGGGUAUAGCCAGGCUGUCCGAAUUGGCAGCCGUGUCGACAUUAGCGGUCAAGGUGGAUGGGAUCCCAAUUCGGAAGAUGUCGUAAUCUCGGCGGAUAUCAAGGAAGAGAUUGAUCAAGCAUUUCGAAAUGUUGAUCUGACGCUGAAAAAUGCAGGCAGCAAGGGGCUUUCUCAGGCCGUUCAAAUCAGGUCGUACCAUACCAACCUUGGAGACGAAGUUAUCGCCCAUAUGACGGAGAAUUUCAAGAAGUGGAUUCCGGACCAUAAACCAAUCUGGACCGCCAUCGGUGUGACCAAGCUGGGACUGCCUGGUAUGCGCGUGGAGAUCGAAGCCGUUGCUCACGACCCGCAAGAAGCAUAG